CAUUACUAUUAGUUUACUUAUGUGGAAGCAGUCGUUAAACACCAAGAACUACUACUAUAUUACUAUUUUAUUAGCUGACUGUGGAACGUGGUAAUCUUUUCCAGUUUCAGUUGAAUAAAUUCAUAAACUGAAGAAUGUCUUAUCCGGGCUCGAAUAAGAAGAGAAAACCAGUUAUGAUGAUACAUGGUGGGGCGUGGGCUAUGCCAGAUAAAAUGGUAGAAGACACUAAAAAGGGAAUUAAAGAUGCUGCAUUGGCAGGAUAUAGAACUCUACGCGAUGGAAGAUCAGCCGUUGAUGCUGUUGAAGCAGCCAUAGUUUCUCUAGAAAAUAAUCCUAAUUUUGAUGCGGGAAAUGGUUCAGUAUUAACUGCCGAUGGUAAAGUUGAGAUGGAUGCUAUGAUAAUGGAUGGCAGUACUUUGAACGCUGGUUCUGUUGGGUGUGUAAAUAACAUAGCUAAUCCUAUCAAAUUAGCCAGAAUGGUCAUGGAAAAGACAGAUCAUGUACUAUUUGUGGGUGAAGGAGCUAACAGGUUUGCUCAUGAAAUGGGUGUACCACAAGUAUCCACGGACUCAUUAAUCGGUGAAUACGCUAAAGAAGAAUGGGAAAGAUUCUCAAGUGGUGAAUAUGCAUCUUGUGUUAGUACCAUGUUUAAAAGACGAGAUGUAAAACAAUCUGGACAUGACACAGUCGGAGCUGUAGCUGUUGACGCAGACGGUAACGUUGCAUGUGGAACAUCAACUGGUGGUAUAACAUUUAAAAAGCCAGGUCGAGUUGGUGAUACACCUCUUGUUGGUUGUGGAGGAUAUGCUGAUAACAAGACGGGCGCAGUUUCUACAACUGGACAUGGUGAAGGGAUGAUUAAAGUAUGUUUAGCUAAACAUGUUACAGUUCUAAUGGACCAAGGUUCAACAGCCCAGGAAGCAAGUGUUAAAGCAGUGGAAAGUUUGAAUGAUCGUGUUCAAAGUUCCGGCGGAGUUAUAGUUGUUAGUAAAGAUGGUGAUAUAGGGCAGUAUUUCACCACAGAUAGAAUGGCUCGGGCAUGGGUUAAAGACGAUCGAGUUUUUUAUGGUGUUGAAACUGAUGACAUAAUAAGCUGUCCAGUUUGAGUCUUAAAACCAUAAAAUUAUCUCUUUUUCCUGAUCUAUGCAUAGUAUUCUUUUAAUUUCCUAUUUUUAAUUUCCUAUUUUUAAUUUCCUAAAUUCAUUUUGAAUUUCCUAAAUUCAUUUUGA